AAGUUAAUCGUGUAACUGUAUCAUGUUUUCAAAGUUAAUAAAAGCCUACUUCAGGUUUACAUCGUGAGUCCUUUGUGAUAUUCCUUUUCUAUUACAAUUUUAUUAACUUUGAAAACCCUCCGGCUUCUCGGGAUGGAUAAAUAUUUGAAGCCUAACCGGUUCGAUACGAGUCCGGAUUCCCCGGCGGCGGACAAAGAGUUCUCUCACUGGCUGACUACCUUUGAGAAUUUCCUGGAUUCGGCGGAGGAAAGUCUGGAGGACGCCGAUAAACUGAAGGUGAUAGCUAACUUUCUUUCUUACAACGUAUAUGAAAUCAUAAGUGAGUGUGCGACCUAUUCUGACGCUAUAAAUACCCUGAAGGCGACGUUCAUUAAGAAGAGAAGCGAAAUCUUCGCACGACAUCUGCUAACUAUGCGGAAGCAAAGCCCGGAAGAGAGCAUUGACCGUUACGUACAGUCAUUGAAGAUUAUGAGCAAGGACUGUGAAUUCUCUGCUGUCUCAGCGGAGCAGCACAGAAAUCUUUAUAUACGCGAUGCGUUUAUAAACGGCCUUCUUUCCUCGCAGAUUCGUCAGCGCUUGCUUGAGGAGGCUACCCUCAGUCUAGAUGAGGCGGUGCGGCGAGCGGUGUCUCUCGAGAUGGCGCUUAGGCAAGCUGAGGAAUACUCCCGGAGUCAGCAUACAUGUGCGGGUUUGGAGGCGGAACCGCCCGCGACUGAUCCUGAGAGUUUCUCAGACAAAAUCAAAGACGUUUGCGCAACCAUCCAAACCGAAAGGGCUAGAUGUUACUUCUGCGGGCAAAAACGACAUCCUCGCUUUUCUUGCCCUGCGAAAGAUGUAGAAUGUAAUAACUGUGGGACCCGUGGCCACUAUGCGAGAGUAUGUCGAAAACCUACAAGGGAACCUAAGUCAAAGACUGUCUCCGCAGCUAUCAUUGCAUCUUUGAAUGGGAAGUUUUUGCACCAGUUGAGCCAUGCUAUCACUAUGGCUAUGGUGAAUGGUAUCUCUGCUCAAUGCCUAGUGGACACCGGAAGCUCAGGGAGCUUUAUUAGUUUGGAUUUUGUACUGAAGCAUAACAUUAGCAUCGUGCCGAGUGAGGGGCGAGUGUCUAUGGCCUCGACAUCUCUUAAAACCAACACUGAAGGAUAUGUGACAGUGAACCUCAGAAUUGCAGACCAGAUUUAUAAAGACUACAAACUUCAUGUGCUGAGGGAGCUAUGUGCAGAUGUUCUGAUUGGCCACGACCUAUUAAGAGAACACGAAGGUAUAACAUUGAGAUUUGGGGGAAGGAAGGCCCUUCUGGCCAUCUGCUCAGGAGUUGCACAAGUAGAGCCCCCUAAUCUAUUUAGUCAUUUAUCGGAGGACUGUAGGCCUAUUGCGACAAAAUCUCGCCGGUAUCAUAAAGAAGAUAUGGAAUUCAUCAAGGCAGAAAUUGCGAGGCUGGUUUCGGAAGGGAUUAUAGAGCCUAGUAAUUCGCCAUGGAGGGCACAGGUCCUAGUUACAAAAAAUGAAAAUCAUAAAAAGCGCCUGGUCAUCGACUACUCUCAAACAAUCAACAAAUUCACGUUUUUAGAUGCCUAUCCUUUACCAAAUAUCGAUGAUCUCAUUAGGAAAAUAGCAAGCUACACUUACUUCAGCACUAUCGACCUAAAAAACGCGUACCAUCAGAUCCCUAUUGCUGACAAGGAAAGGAAGUUUACUGCAUUCGAGGCCAGUGGCAGAUUAUACCAAUUCACCCGAAUUCCUUUUGGAAUUACUAACGGAGUAGCAUGCUUUCAACGGGUGAUGGAUAAAAUCAUAUCUGAAGAGCGACUAACAGGGGUUUUUGCAUAUCUCGACGAUAUAUCCGUGUGUGGAAAGGACAGAGCAGAACAUGAUUCUAAUCUCUCAAGGUUGAUGGCAGUUCUGGACAAACUGGGUUUUGAAGUUAACCAGGCAAAAAGCAAAUUUGCACAGCUUAAAAUUAAUGUACUUGGACACCAGGUCUUUCAUAACUUAAUCAAGCCUGACCCGGCCCGACUGGCCCCACUGAUGGACAUGCCUCUUCCCAGGGAUGCUACAUCUCUUAGGAGAGCUCUAGGAUUUUUUGCUCAUUACUCAAAAUGGAUUCCCCAUUUUUCAGACAAAAUAAGGAGAUUUACCAAUCCGCAGCUCCGGUUUCCCCUGGACUCAUUGGCAGCUGAAGAUUUCGAGAACCUGAAAAGAGAAAUCACGGAGGCUGUAGUUACAACGGUAGAUGACUCCUCUCCCCUGGUUGUAGAGACCGACGCCUCUGAUGUGGCCCUAGCAGCCACUCUUAGUCAAAAUGGUCGCCCAGUGGCAUUCUUUUCAAGAACUCUAAAUAAGUGUGAAAAGGGACAUUCUUCAAUAGAAAAGGAAGCAGGAGCUAUUGUGGAGUCCAUUAGAAAUUGGAAAUCUUUUCUUUUGGGAAAGCAUUUCCAUCUUAUCACGGACCAAGAAGCAUUAUCAUUUAUCUUUAAUAAGAAGCAAGCCAGCAAGAUUAAAAAUGAAAAGAUUACUCGUUGGCGUCUGGAACUGGCACCCUUUUCUUACGACAUUACUUAUCGGCCAGGGGCAGAGAAUGUUAAGGCUGAUGCUCUCUCUAGGAUUUGCAACGCUGUCAGCGUUACGGAACUCUAUGAACUGCACAAGUCGUUGUGCCACCCUGGAAUUACUAGAAUGUACCAUUGGUUAAGAAGCAAAAACCUUCCUUAUUCUCUGGAGGAUGUCCGAAGACUGAAUUGCUCGAUAUGUGCAGAAGUCAAACCAAGAUUUAUGAGAACCAAAGGGACCCUAAUAAAAGCUACCUCUCCGUUUGAGAGACUCAACAUGGACUUCAAAGGACCUUUGCCAUCAAAAUCAAAAAAUAGGUAUUUACUUACUAUUAUUGAUGAGUACUCACGCUUUCCAUUUGCUUACCCCUGCAGGGAUAUAUCAUCGGACACAGUGGUGGAGUGCCUGAAGAACCUUUUUUGUACCUUCGGGGUACCAGCGUAUAUACAUACUGACCGUGGGACUUCCUUUAUGUCACAGGAGGUGAAAGCAUUUCUGUGUUCCAAUGGAGUAGCUACAAGUCGAACAACCCCUUAUAAUCCUCAGGGGAAUGGGCAGGUUGAGCGUUUAAAUGGGACGCUAUGGAGAACAAUCACCCUGGCUCUUAAAACUCGGGGUCUUCCUGUGCAGGACUGGGAGGAGGUUCUGCAGGAGUCAUUGCAUGCCAUUCGCUCACUAUUGUGUACCGCCAUUAACACUACCCCUCAUGAACGCCUUUUCUCGCACCCUAGGCGGACAGCUAAUGGUGAAGCCCUUCCAUCAUGGCUAGCACCAGGCCCUGUGCUGGCCAAGUGUAACAGAAAAGGGAAGUACGACAAGGAGGUUGAGGAGGUGGAACUGAUUGAAGCGAAUCCUCAGUAUGCCCUGAUUAGGUGGCCCAAUGGAGUGGAAUCAACGGUCUCUUUAAGGCAACUGGCUCCUGCGGGGAAUACCUCUCAUGUAGAGUCUCCGGAAGUGGUGACACCGGUGGUGGCCGAUGGGAGGGACACUUCACACCUGGCGGUUGAAUCACAAGGACUUGUGGAUGGAUCUGGAUCUGACGGUGCACUGUUGGAAUUUGCUCCCCCAGUAGGGGUGGAGGAGGGCAGCCCUUCAGUAAAAGAACCCAGGCAAUCUCAACGCAUCAGAAACCGCCCUGCUUAUUUGAAGGACUAUGUAAAUUGAUUCGUAUAGUUCAUGUUCAUAUUGUUAUAAGGUACUUCUUUUAAACUCCAGAGGGAAAAUGUGGUGAUUUAAAUAGCCCGCUUUUUCUAAUACCGAUAACCUCCUAAAGGACAUAAGCAAUUGUUUAUACAAAAGAGUAUUAUGUAAAGUUAA